GUAGUAUAUGUAUCGUGUAUAGUAUAGAAAUUAAAAGUUAAGCUAUUUGAAAGGAAUAUGAUGAAUAAGCGUGCAAUUGCUGUAAUAGUAGUAAUAAUAUGCGUCUUAUUUGUUUGGGGUGCUGCGGGAGAUGAUGAAGCAGAAAAUGGGGGUGAAGAGAGAUCAGCUGUUUCACACAAGUUAACAGCAAUGUUUUCUUUCCGUGCUGCAACUAUAACUAUAACACUUUGGGACAGAGCCAGAAGCAUCGUCAAUACAGUCCAAGCCUACUUAUAUCCUCCAAAUCUCGAUUUUAGAAGAAGUAAUGAGGGGAGAGAGAAGGAGGAGGGAGAAGCUGGAGAGAAAGUGAAAGAGGCGGUGGGGGAGAGUUUGAGGAAGAGCAAAGCAACAGUGGAAGACAGUGCCAAAGGGGCUGCAAAAGUAGCAACUGAAAGGCUCCAUAAAACAAAGGAGAAGGUAUCGGGUGGACGAGAUGGCAAUGAACUAUGAUCAAAGUGGAAACAAAAUGUAGAUAAAUUAAUAAUAAAAUAGCUUCCUAAUGAAAAACACAAUACAUUCUCAUAAAUAUAUGACACAUAUAAUCACUAUUCUUCAUAA